CGGGUCCGGCACCCGAUUCCAGCCCCGCAGGAGAAGCCCACGAGUCCCCGAAGGAGCUCCGAGGUUCCCCAAGCGCUCGCCGCCGCGUGCUGGCCCUCGCAGCACCCCCGGGGCCACCCCCGCCGCCGUCGCCUCCCGCCCCCCGCCGCCAGCACGACGCCGUCCCCCGCGUCCCCGCCGCCUCCGCCGCCGCCCGGCCCGCACCGCUGCGCCGACUGCGGCAAGACCUUCGGCGCCCGCUCGCGCCUGGCGGUGCACCGGCGCGUGCACACGGGCGAGCGCCCCUUCGCCUGCGCCCACUGCGGCAAGCGCUUCAGCCAGAGCUCGGCCCUGGGCCUGCACCGGCGCCUGCACACCGGCGAGCGGCCGCACGCCUGCGGCGACUGCGGCAAAGCCUUCGCCGUCGCCUCCCACCUGGCGGUGCACCGGCGCGUGCACACGGGCGAGCGGCCCUUCGCCUGCGCCCACUGCGGCAAGCGCUUCAGCCAGAGCUCGGCGCUGGCCCUGCACCGCCGCGGCCACACCGGCGAGCGGCCGCACGCCUGCGGCGACUGCGGCAGAGCCUUCGCCGUCGCCUCCCACCUGGCCGCUCACCGCCGCAUCCACACCGGGGAGAAGCCUUUCCCCUGCCCGCGCUGCGGCAAGCGCUUCCGCCAGCGCUCCGGCCUCGUCACGCACCAGCGGGGGCACAACGCCCGCAAGCCCUACAAGUGCACCGAGUGCGGCAAGGCCUUCGGGCAGAGCUCGCACCUGAUGCGGCACCUGGGCACCCACACGGGCGAGAAGCCCUACAAGUGCGGCGCCUGCGCCAAGAGCUUCACCCAGAACUCCAACCUCCUCCAGCACCAGCGCGCCCACACCGGCGAGAAGCCCUACGAGUGCGGCGCCUGCGGCAAGCGCUUCGGCUGGAGCUCCAACCUCAGCCAGCACCGCCGCCUCCACAGCGGCCAGAAGCCCUUCCGGUGCGGCCAGUGCGACAAACGCUUCGGCGAGAGCUCCCGCCUGGUCGAGCACCAGCGCACGCACACCGGUGAGAAGCCCUACCGCUGCCCCGAUUGCCCCAAAACCUUCAGCCGCAGUUCCCACCUCGUCCGCCACCGCCGCCUCCACGCUACCGAGCGGGGGCCCGGCCCGGCGCUGGCUGUGCGCCGGGGGCUCUGAGGGGCUCCCCGGGGUGAGGGGAGGAGGCGGCGGUGGUUCCGCGGUGGCCGCGGGGAUGGGGUUUGCCCUCUUGGUGCCCGUCGCCGAUGGAAGGAUUCAUGGAAGAGCCGUGACGCGGCCUGUGGCUGCCUCAGCCCUUCUCUGGUGGCCCCUGGGGACGUGGUUGGGCCCUGCCCGUCGUCAACGCGAAGGUUUCGGGAGGAUCCGUGAUGUGGCCAGCGGUUCCUACAGCCCUUCCGUGGUGGCCACGGGGACCUGGUUAGGCCCCGUUGGCGUUCAUCGUCAACGCAAGGACUCGGGGAGGAUCCGUGACGUGGCCAACGGCUCCUGUGGCCCUCCUGCGGUGGCCGCGGGGACGCGGUUUGGCCCCCGCGAUGCCCGUCGUCGUGGGGAACCCCUGCGGGCAAACGGCCACGGGACUGGGGACAAAAGCGGCCACAGAGGGGAGGACUCAUGAGGCGGCCAACGGCUACGCAGCCCUUCUUUGUUGGCCGCGGGGAUGCGGCUUGGCCCUUUUGGUGCCCACCAUCAGCGCAAAGACUCAGGAAGCGUCCGCGACGUGGCCAGCAGCCACCCAGCUCUUCAGUGGUGGCCACAGAGAUGUGGCUGGGUCCCAUCAGUGCCCGCUGCCAAGGCGAGGACUUGGGAGGGUCCACGAUGUGGCCAACGGGGACGUGAUUUGGCCCCACUGGUGCCCCCCUCCCCCCCCCGGUGGCUCUUGGAGAAGCCGUGUGGGCGACCAGAGGUGGCAGUGGGGCUAAACGCGGACGCAAAGACGUGGGGAGGACCCACGACGUGGCCCGAUGGCUUCUGCAGCCUUCCUGCGGUGGCCACCAGGACAUCAUUUGGCCCCGUUGGCACCCGGUGUCAUUGCAAAGACUCGGGGAGGCCCCGUGACGCAGCCAGCUGCUGCCGUGGCCCCUCUGUGGUGGCCACGCGCCCACG